CCGACACAUGGCUCCUUUGACGUGUUGUACAGCAUCGGGCACUCAUAGAUCUGAGUGACUGAGAAGCGGCAUGGCCUCGCCAGCCCUCGACGCGCCGUUCUGGUCAGGCGAGGACGGGCCGGAGGUGUACUGUCCGUCGCGCUGGGGUGUGUGGUCGCCAAACGACCAAGAGUGGACAUUCAUGGUGCAGCAGAUCUGGGAGGUGAGACCAAACACUGACAUGAAGUGCAUGCCACAUGCAGCAAUGCCGCAAGUGUGGUUCUCUUGUGAUCAGGAGGAGAGCAUGGCGCUCAGGUGUUCGUCGCACAGCGACGCUCCCCGCAUCCCCAAGAUCAUCCACCAGAUCUGGCUCGGAGGCAACCAGAUACCGCCGGAAUGGUACGGCAGACACACAUCCGCACAUAGCUUGUCACAGGGAACACAACGCUCUCUCUUUCUCUCUCUCUCUGUGUGUGUGUGUGUGUGUGUGUGUGAGUGUUCAGUAUCCCGUGGAUGGAGUCGUGGAAGCGCUACCACCCUGACUGGGAAUACAAGUGGGCAUACAGUUUGGAUUGCGCACUACUCUGGUUUUCCUGCAUUGGACUGCGUGUGGUCAGGCUGUGGCAAGAUGGCGACCUGGAGAAUCUCCCGUAAGGAACGCAAAGCCAACAGCACCACACAACGUUGCAAUGCAUUGACGUUUGUCCUGCCUGCCUGCCUACCUGCCCGUGUGAUGGUUGUGUGCAGGCUGCUGCCCCGCUGCCGUGCGUUGAUAGCAUCGGCCUCCAACCCGGCAGAGAAGGCCGAUAUACUGCGGCUGGAGGUGGAUGGGCAUCAGAGAAGCCUGCCUGGCAUGAGAGAGGGAUGCCGUCGUCGACUAUGUGUCUGUCGCCUGUGUGUCUGCUAUCUGUCAGCUGUUGCGGCUGUUUGGUGGGCUGUAUGUGGAUGUGGAUUUUGAGUGCCUUCAGCCGAUGGACCGACUCCACCACACGUACUGUACCUACGCCGCUAUACGACGCCCACCUGCCUGGCCUGCCGUGCGCGGCGGCAUUACUCUCUCCUUCUGUCCGCUGCGUUGUUUUGCUGAGUGCCUGCAGGUGUGACUUCUACUGCGGCGCUGCGAGCGUCGGCGUAUUCGAAAUCAACAACGGCCUCAUCGCCGCCAAACCUGGUCGGCCCUUGGCACACACGGACGGGAGAGGGAUGGCGGGGCGGAAGGUGUGCAUGCCAUGCCAUGCCAUGCGUGGUCUGUCUGGUCUGGGUGUGGUGUCCCUGCCCUGCGCGUGCCUGCCUGCCUGCCUGCCUGCCUCACACGAAUGACAUGUGGUUCGAACGUUCAGGUAGUGCGCUGGUGUGGUACCUGCUGGAGCGCAUCGGGCUGGCGUGGGUGGAGUGGGGCAAGGAGGACGUCGACCCCAAACACCAAACAUUCCACAUUCUCAACCAAAAAGGGUGCGGUGCGUUCGUAGAGUAGACAGACACUCAUAAAGGGAGGCGGGCAACACCACACCACACCACACCCUUCCCCCUCCACAUCCCCACUUCUGUCUGUCUGUGUGUGCUUGUCUUGUUGUCCUUUGUCUGUCAGGGCCUUCUCGCUGGAGAUGCUUCACAGUCUGGGUGUGGUGCCGCGUGAGAUGAUGGGCCUGGCUGGUGUGGGGGGUGCGGACACCCGGCAGCCCACCCCGGCUGAGCAGGUGGCCAUGAGCAUGGGGGCCGACCUGGGCGGCGGGGCGGGGGCGGGCAGGAAGCCCAACGAACCAUUUGCACCAUUCAUCGCAACCACAGGUACUCCCUACUGCAGCUGGUGAGAGAGGUCAACACCUGCAAACGACUGACUGAUGUGUGGCAGGUCCCGGCUUCUUCACGCGGGGCAUCAUGCGCUACUUCCGUGACCGCUUCAACCCUCCCCCCGCCCUGCCCUCCGCAUCCGGACCCUCCAGCAGCUCGGAGUCGUCAUCGGCCGCAGCGGCCUCCGCACCAUCGCCCGCCCCCAUCGACUACAGCGAGAAGUGCGUGGUCUUCCCGCCGCGGUUCUUUUUCCCCACACCCAACACGCAGCACCGAGACCAACACAUGCAGCCGGUGAGCAUAGCCCGGAAGGGACACAGUUGCGUGAAGGAGGCGAGGCAUACCGACUUGUCUGUCCUCCUUGUUGUGUGUGGGGGUGUGUAGGGUGAGCGUCAUUAUGGCGAGUGUUCGUUGGCCGUGCACCACUGGCGGCGGACGUGGCGCGCACCCACGCCGGGGCAGCAGGGCGGGCCGACGCCGCACUAGCUGCUGUUGGGUUGCACGAGGAGGAAAGUGGCGUGAAGGUCACUCACGCGUGUCGCGGGAUGGAUGGAUGAUCCCCGUGCAUGUGUGUGUUUCUGCCGGUCAAUGCGAUGCGAUUGUGUGACCAGUUUUUGUUCCAGUGGUUUGUUGAGUGAUUUGAGCCCCUACUGCACCCGUUGUCGGAUAGAAAUGCGUCUCAUUUUGUCUGACGGCGGGUGUUCACGAACAAACCAACAGGAGAGAGAGAUGAUGGAAUAGCUUCCUGUGUUUUCAGCCAUGCAUACGACUGGGAUGCUUUCGAAGCUUUGGAGACGAUUGAUUUAAUGCGCGUUCGUUGUCCC